AUUUCCCACAGCGGAAAGUCUGUCUGAGUUCUGAAAGUGUCACUCACUUCAACCGACUAUACAUAUAGCGGGUUUUGUGCUUUCUUCCGUCCCCACGAGUUUUGUACUUCCCGCAAAUAUUAUACAUAUCUCUCUCUCCCAUCCCCGAGCUCUUCUCCUUUCAGAAGUAGAGAAAAAUGGCUUCAGUAUCGUACUCGGCCGCCAUUUUCGCACCUCCGACUUCUCUCAAUAGAGCUCUUUUUCUCUCUCCUCAGAACUCGCAUUUCUCGUUGCUUCCUAAGACUUGCUCAUGUAGGGUUAGUAUCAAGUGCAGUUAUGCAGAAGCAGGUGUGAAGGAGGAUUCUAACUCAGCGACAAUAGAUGUUAUGGCUGAUAUUAAAACUGAGCGAAUUGUGGUGUUAGGAGGAAGUGGUUUUGUUGGUUCUGCAAUAUGCAAGGCUGCAGUAUCCAAGGGUAUAGAAGUCAUAAGCCUAAGCAGGUCGGGUCGUCCUUCUUACUCAGGUUCAUGGGUAGAUCAGGUUACUUGGAUGUCAGGAGAUGUUUUCUACGUGAACUGGGAUGAAGUACUUGUUGGGGCUACGGCAGUUGUUUCAACCCUCGGAGGUUUUGGUAGCGAGGAGCAGAUGCAAAGGAUUAAUGGCGAGGCGAAUGUUGUGGCAGUAAGGGCUGCCAAGGACUUUGGUGUUCCUAAGUUCAUCCUGAUCUCGGUGCAUGAUUAUAAUCUACCAUCAUUUUUACUUCAAUCUGGAUACUUCACCGGAAAGAGGAAAGCCGAAUUAGAGGUUCUCUCCAAAUAUCCAAAUUCUGGUGUUGUGCUAAGGCCAGGUUUUAUAUAUGGGAAGAGGAGAGUGGAUGGCUUUGAGAUCCCUCUGGAUUUGAUAGGGAAACCAUUGGAGCGAUUUCUGAGUGCUACCGAAAACUUCUCAAAACCUCUGAGUUCUCUCCCUGCAUCUGAUUUACUUCUCGCCCCGCCUGUUAGUGUCGAUGAUGUUGCAUAUGCAGUAGUAAAUGCAGUCGGAGAUGACGAUUUCUUUGGCACUUUCACCAUUGAGCAAAUCAAGGAAGCCGCUGCCGCCACGAAGGUCUGAACAACUAACUGUAGCCUACAGAAUUUAUCAUGGUGCCUAUCAUUUUGGGGGAAGGGAUUGAUGAUGGGGUUGACCUCACUGCCAGCAAGGUGCCUACUUAGGGAUGCCAUGGAAAGUUGUAUUUGUGUUUUUCUUUGAAAGAUGGCUUUCUGCCUUGGUCCAGUUUUAAUGUUACAGCGACAGUACUUCAUAAUCAUGCAAUUUACCAGCUAAGUACUAUAAUAAUAAAAACUACAUCACUAAAAUUUGUGCC